CUCUGCAACCCUUUCCCACACGGACCUCUCCCGCAUUUCAAAUUCAAACCCCGUCGCCUCGGCUGCCACCGUGGCUCCCCUACCCAUGGCGAUGUCUCCGGCGGCGGGCAGGACGCCCAACCCCAAGGCGGCGCCGUCCCCGUCCCCGUCCGCCCGCCGAGCCGGGGCGGAUUCGGCCUCGGCCGCCGCCGCCGCCGCCGCGUCGGACACCAAGGCCCGGUUCGAGGCGUACAACCGGCUGCAGGCGGCGGCGGUCGCGUUCGGGGAGAAGCUCCCGAUUCCGGAGAUAGUGGCCAUAGGGGGCCAGUCGGACGGCAAGAGCUCGCUUCUGGAGGCGCUCCUCGGCUUCCGCUUCAACGUCCGGGAGGUCGAGAUGGGCACCCGCCGCCCCCUCGUCCUCCAGAUGGUCCACGACCCCACCGCCCUCGAUCCCCGGUGCCGCUUCCAGGAGGAGGACUCGGAGGAGUACGGGCACCCCAUGGUGCAGGCCGCGGCGAUAGCCGACCUCAUCAAGCAGCGCACCGAGUCGCACCUCCGGACGAUCCAGGCCGCCGUGUCGUCCAAGCCCAUCGUCAUGAGGGCCGAGUACGCCCACUGCCCCAACCUCACCAUCAUCGACACCCCAGGUUUCGUGCUUAAGGCUAAGAAAGGUGAGCCUGAGAGGACGCCGGAGGAGAUCCUGUCGAUGGUGAAGACACUAGCGAGCCCGCCCCACCGCCUCAUUCUGUUCCUCCAGCAGAGCAGCGUCGAGUGGUGCUCUUCACUCUGGCUCGAUGCAAUUAGAGAGAUCGAUCCCACUUUCAGGCGCACCAUGAUAGUCAUCUCCAAGUUUGACAACCGACUCAAGGAAUUUACCGAACGGUGGGAGGUCGAUAGCUACCUGAGCGCAAGCGGUUACCUUGGGGACAAUAUCCACCCAUUCUUUGUGGCUCUUCCAAAGGACAGAGGAACAAUCUCCAAUGACGAGUUCCGGCGGCAAAUAUGUCAGGUAGAUAUUGAUGUGCUGCGACACUUGCGUGAUGGUGUGAAAGGGGGUUUCAAUGAAGAGAAGUUUGGUCCGUACAUUGGGUUUAGCUGCCUCAGGAAGUACCUGGAGUCUGAACUUCAGAAGAGGUACAAAGAAGCAGCUCCAGCCACCCUAGCAUUGUUGGAGCAGAGAUGCAGUGAUGUCUCGAUGGACCUAUCCAGACUGGACUCCAAACUGCAAGCAACCUCUGAUGUCUCUCAGCUGAGGAGAUCGGCAAUGCUUCAUGCUGCUUCUAUCUGCACCCAUUUGCGUGCAUUACUUGAUGGAGCAGCUGAUCCAGCCCCAGAGGUAUGGGGAAAAACUACUGAAGAGGAGCAAAUGCACAGUGGUAUUAACAGCUGGCCUGGCAUCAGUGUUCCUGUAAAACCUCCCAAUUCUAGCCUUAAGCUGUAUGGCGGUGCGGCUUUUGAGAGAGUAAUGCACGAAUUCCGCUGUGCGACAUAUUCCAUGGAGUGCCCACAGGUGUCAAGAGAGAAGGUUGCGAACAUAUUACUUGCCCAUGCUGGAAGAGGUGGGAGCAGUGGGAUGACUGAGGCAGCUGCUGAGAUAGCACGCACAGCUGCACGAUCAUGGCUUGCUCCUCUUACUGAAACUGCUUGUGAUCGGCUUGCAUUUGUCCUGCAAAGCCUAUUUGACCUUGCAAUGGAGCGCAGCCGCACUGAUGAUUCAAGAUAUCAAAAUGUUGAAAAUAUGGAUGGAUAUGUUGGCUUCCUUGCUGCUCUCCGGUGCUCCUAUUAUAAGUUUGUCAAGGAUUUGUCCAAGCAAUGCAAGCAGAUAGUACGACAUCACCUUGAUUCAGUCACGAGCCCCUACUCCCAUAUUUGUUAUGAGAGCGACUUUCUUGGUGGCGUUGGAACUGUAGCAAACACCCUUCACAGGUUUAAUCAGUUCAGUGGAGUUGCAUCUUUUGACCUAUCAGACAGUGGAUCACUGGAGGAAGGCCAGGAGAAUCUACCACCAAGAGAUCAGCAACAGAUGACUCCACCUGCUAAAGCAAAUGAGAGGGAAAUUCUGAAAGAAAGCCAGCUGACGGUUCCUGAGACGCCUUCUCCUGAUCUGCCAGCUGAUAUACAUGGUGGUAAGAAGAAAGACAAUGGAAAUAUGAAUGACGGUGGGGCAAGGAAAAGACAUGCAAGGAUGGCAGCAUAUGCAAACAGGGGUCACCAUAACAAUGUGACUGUUGGUGGUGAUGAUCUGGUCUCAAGGUCAGGGUCAUCGUACUCCAGCAUAUGUUCCAUAUCUGCUCAGUACUUUGCCAAAAUGCGAGAAGUCCUGAUUGAAAGGAAUGUUCCCUCUGCAUUGAAUUCUGGAUUCUUAACACCAUGCCGUGAAAGGUUGUUUUUAGCACUUGGAUUCGAGCUGUUUGCUGUAAAUGAUGAGAAGUUCAUGGACAUGUUUGUGUCUCCCGGCGCGAUUGAUUGUAUCCAGAAUGAGCGCCAGUCUCUGCUGAAGCGUCAAAAGAUUCUGCUGUCCUGUUUAAGCGAGUUCAAGAACAUCUCACGGACUCUGUAAGGAAGAUGUUUCUGGCGCUUCUUCCACUGGCAUGUAUUUCAUGAGCUUCAGGGUAUUCCCCUACAAUACAACAUAGUUAUUGAAGGUUGUUUUAUUGUUGUUGCACAUCCUCCUGAGCUUCCAUGCUUCUGUACCUUAAUGCAGGCUGUUCGUUGUAUUCUCUGUGUCAAAUUCCUUAUUGACAAUUUGUGUGCUACUACUUGGCAUUUGUUGAAGAUGUAUGUUUUAUCCCUAUCAGAUAUUGGGGCUAUAUACAACUUGAUUAUAAAGUUGCAACUAACUAGAUUUUGUGA